UUGCAAAACUGUAGAAAAUAAAAGUAUUUCUUGUGACAAUCUUACAUCACUGGUAUGUCAGUACUACCCAGGGGAUACGAAAGCUUCCGACCCUGCCCCAGGUACGGGUGUGUGCAGGGAUCGCCCGGGAUCUACUACAAGAGGCCCCGAUGCGGCCAACCUCGCCCACAGCCCUAUCAGCGUGAGGUAGCCCCUUAUUGCUCGGGGCCGAGUAACGCUCCACGUGACAGACCAUGCUGUUAUGAUUUCCCUUGCAAGGCACAUUGUUUCAACCACGGGGCUUGUACAAGGCCUAGUGGUAGAUACGCACGCACCGUGUGGUACCCCGGCGAGUGCUGCCCUCGAGUUCCUCCGUGCCAGGCCUUCACUUGCCCCAAUCCGCCCUACCAUCCCUGCUGCACAUACACCUGCAAUAAACUUGUCUAAACCACUAGAAGCAUAAAAAUUAAACCAUGUAUAACGUUUUGUUC